UCCAUGUGGACGCACGGCUGCACGGACUGCCAGCAUCAGCAGCUCACUGCUGUCGUCAGCCCGCGCUGUGCUGUGUUCGCCCCUGGCCGGCGCGGGCGCCGACGGCAUCCGUCCAGCGGCCCGGGCGCUGAGGCCGGCCGGGGUCGGCGGGCAGAGCGGACCCGGCCGCCGGCCGCGGCACGGCUGACUGCCACCAGGCUUCCUGCAGCUGAGCGUCAGCUGAGCCGGUCCCCAGCCGCCGGAAUACCACCCCUGCUGGACGCAGAGUCCAGCGGGCCCGGCGCCGUCGCCGUCCGAAGUGGCUCAACGCGAUCAGGUGUAAGCGCACUGGCCAGUCAUGAUGGCCAGAAGGCUGCUGCUGCUGGCUCUGCUGUGCCUCUGCUUUUACAUGCUAGUCCUGUUGCGAUCGCUGUCCAGCGCUGUGGAUGGUCGUCGUAGAGAAGCGCCAUCUGCACCCUUUGAAUACAACAAGGCGGCGUCACCACAACAGCCAGAUCACCAAACAGCGGCACCGAAAGACGCCGGCCCACACCUGGCAACGCCACCUAUAACUCAGAGCCAGCACAGAGUACCAGCACCUGUCGGUCAGAUCCUUCGGUCGGUAGCGCCACCUAUGGCCGCUGACCGCUCGCCCGAUGCUGGCUCGCUCCAGCGGCCCGCACGACAGCAAGGUUCGGGGGCCCAACGGCCUUCUGAGUCGGCGACGCCGUCCGCACACGAGCUGUCGCUAGCCGCGCAGGCGGCGGGUCUCCAGAACACUGCGCAGCCGGCGAGCAUGCCGGCGGCCGCGCCGAAGCUCAAGCACAUCCUCUACUGGAACGAGUUCUACGGCUCCAUGGAGUUCACGUGGGGCGCCGGUCAGCGGCCGUUCAUCGACAACGGAUGCGAGGUCAACACCUGCUUCGGCACCAACGACCGCGAGCUGAUGCCCGUGGACGAGUAUGACGCCAUCCUGUUCCACGUGCAGACGCUGCCGUUCUUCGACUGGCCGCGCUCGCGCCGGCCGCACCAGCGCUACGUGUUCGUCACGCUCGAGUCGGCCCAGUACCUGACCAUAUGGCUGCAGGCCUACGAGAGUCUCUUCAACGUGACGCUGACCUACCGGCGCGACUCGGACUUCCCGUACCCGUACGGAGCCCUGGUGCCGGUGCUGCCGGAGCCGCCCACCAUUCGCAGGAACUACGCUCUCGGCAAGACGAAGCUGGUCGCCUGGUUCGUGUCGCACUGCCAGACAAUGAGCAGCCGCGAGUGGUACGUACACAUGCUGCGGAAGUACAUCCCGGUGGAUAUAUACGGUGCCUGCGGGACUCUCCAGUGCCCGCGCUCCGCCAAUCAAACCUGUCACAAUACGCUGCUUAACAAGGACUACAAGUUCUACUUGUCGUUCGAGAACAGCAUCUGCAACGAUUACGUCACAGAGAAGCUGUUCGACACACUGAAGUAUGACGUGGUGCCGAUCGUGCUCGGAGGCUCCAACUACUCCAGCUACGCCCCACCGGGAUCGUAUAUAGAGGCGAUGAAGUACAGCCCGAAAGAGCUGGCUGAGUACUUGCUAGAGCUGGACAAGAAUGAUGCACAGUACAACAAAUAUUUUGAGUGGAAGGGCAAGUACCGAAUAGCUCCUAAGGACGAUUUUAAGAAGUCAUCAUUCUGCGGUCUGUGCAAAUAUUUGCACAGCAACGAAACGAAAGCGUAUCACCAUCUGAAGGACUGGUGGACAAAAGGACAGUGCAAAAAAUUGAAACGGUCACAGUGA